AGUGGUGAUCAAAACAGUGUAACCAUGGCGCAGUUUCUAUUUCAAGUUUUAUACUCGUUUAUGAUUGUGACAAUUGUUUUGGGCAAUUCAUUAGGGGAAUUGCAAAAGAGUUACGCAGAUUUAGUUAUGGAAUGUGCGAAAGAGUUUCCAUUAACUCCUGAAGACAUUGCUCAGUUACAGAACAAGCAAUUGCCAGAAAAAGAGCCGGUGAAAUGCCUUUUCGCUUGCACUUACAAGAAGGCUGGAAUGAUGGAUGACGAAGGUAAAAUGUCUCUGGAUGGUGCUCAAGAUGUUAUACACAAAUAUUUAGCCGACGAUCCGGACACUAUGAAGAAAGCGCUCGAUUUUAUUAACGCUUGCAGUAUUGUGAAUGAAGCAGAAGUUAGCGAUGGAACUAAAGGCUGUGAUAGAGCUGCAUUGAUGUUCCGCUGUAGUAUUGAUAAAGCCGAUGAGAGUUUAAAUGACGCUGAGGUAAAAGCUGCAUUCACAAAAACAGUAUUGCAAUGCACAAAAGAGUUUCCCGUAGACAUGAAGGAAUUGCUUCAGCUACAAGCACUUAAAGUACCCAAAAAACAACAGACCAAAUGUCUGCUCGCUUGUGCGUACAAGAAAAUUAAAACUUUCAAUGACAAAGGAAUGUACGUUCUUGACGAAGGUUAUAAGUUUGCAGAAUUAAGUAAAAACGGCGACGAACAAAGAUUAAUAAAUGGUCGAAAAUUGGCUGAGAUGUGCAGUAUGGUUAACGAUAUGGAAGUAACCGAUGGUGACAAGGGUUGUGAUAGAGCGGCAUUUUUCUUUAAAUGUUUUACAGAAAAUGGACAAAAGUUGGGAUUCAAAAUGUAGCCGAAUGACUAAGCAAAGAAGUGAUGCUCCUUAUUAUGUUGCACAAUUAAAAAACUUU